AUGUGGGAAGGGAUCUUGUCUGGCCACAUGGUGGAUGAAGAUGAUUCCAGCCGCACUUUGAUCCACGUCACUCUCUACUACCCUGCGUCGCUGUCAAUGAGAGAGUUUCUUGACAAGUUCGUGGAAGCAGCAGAUGAAUCCCUUGAAGUGAAUUUCAAUCUCUCCACCUCUAGUGUGCGAACAGCAUUUGCAGACUCAUGGCCCGCAGAUGUCUCUGGUGAGAAGGGAGUUGGAGAAGCGACCUUGUGCACCUUGGAUGCUUCGAGUAGGCUCAAAGAGAAUCGCAACAUGCUGAACAUAUAUCAAGAGUCAGAUACUGUCGAGUAUGAGGAUGGCCUUGACUGCGACACUUUCGACAAUGCCGACUUCUGGUGGGAGAACACAACACACAUUGGCGCCAAGGGCCUCUUGGAGUACUUAGAAGAUGAUCUAAUUCAGCUAAUUUAUCACGACAUGCACGACCAAGAAAACAAUUUCGCUUCUCAGCCGAUACUCCUUGAAGGAACCCCAGCGUAUCACACAACAACGAGGCUAAAAACCCAGAUGUACACCGAUGAAAUCUAUGACAAUGAACGUGACGAUAUCGACACUGAUGAUUGCCAAGCGCGAUAAUACAAUGACGAAAAGCCCUCUAUGUAUGGACAUAAUCUAUACAGGGAGAGGAUGAAGGGUGAAUUACACUAUCAAUGUAACAUCAGUGGACUAGGAUCACUACUUCUCAUGUUCCGUUGUCAAAGCUGCCAAGUAAGUUU